AUGGAGGGGAUUGUGGUGAGUGCAGUGACGGGAGCCUUGGAUGCCGUCCUCGGGAAGCUGGGCGAUCUGUUGGCCCAAGAGUAUAGGCUUUGUGAGGGGGAUCCCGACGACAUCUGGUCUCUGACUGACGAGCUUACCUUCAUGCACGCCUUUCUCCUCAAGAUGUCCGAGGAAGAGGAUCCGGACGCGCAAGAUAAGGUAUGGAUGAAUGCGGUGUGUGAGCUGUCCUAUGAUAUAGAGGACUCCCUCGACGACUUCAUGCAAGAGCAAGAUACAGAUGGCAUCAUGAAGAAGAUGCUGAAGGGGUUAAUGAAUACGCUGGGGUUGGGGGGGAAGAGAAAGCGUGACCAUCAGAUAUUCCAAAAUUUGAAGAUACGAGCCGCUCAGUUGGGCGAGACGAGAGGAAGGUACAAGACUCGUCAGGUCAUCUCCAACACCAAAAAUGCAACUGUUGACCCGAGAGCUCUUGUUAUCAGUAAACAUGCCUCAAAGCUCGUCGGAAUCGAUAAACCCAAGGCUGAGCUAAUCAAAUUGUUGACAGAAGAGGAUGGGUGUGCGUCAACACAACAACAGUCAAAACCCCGCAAAAGAAAAAGACAACAACAACAACCACCUCCACCGAAGGUGGUCUCCAUCGUUGGAUCUGGAGGAAUGGGCAAGACAACUCUUGCAUACCAAGUGUAUCAAGAUCUCAGAGGACGAUUCCAGUGUGGGGCAUUUGUAUCUGUGUCGCGAAAUCCGGACAUGAAAAAAAUCAUGAGGACAAUUUUGAGUGAAGUUAGUGGUCAAGAAUAUGGUGAUACUAAAGCGGGGAGUAUACAACAACUCAUCAGAAAGAUCAGAGAUUUCCUAGCAGACAAAAGGUAUUUUAUUGUUGUAGACGAUAUAUGGAAGAAUGAAACAUGGAAUGUUAUCAAGUGCGCAUUCCCCAUGACCAGAUGUGGCAUAAUAGUCACCACUACUCGCAUGAAAGAUGUCGCUAAUUCAUGCCGAUCGUCAUUCCGGGGCCAUAUUUAUGGUAUAAGGCCUCUUGAUAUGGAACACUCAAGGCAGUUAUUUUACACAAGACUCUUCGGCUCCGAAGGAAAUUGCCCUUCAUACCUUAAACAAGUUUCUGAGCAGAUUUUGGAAAAAUGUGCUGGCUUACCUCUAGCGAUCAUUGCUAUAGCUGGUUUGUUGGAUAACACACAAAAAACAGAGUAUGGAUGGACUCAACUUAAAGAUUCAAUUGGUCGCGCACUUGAAAGGAAUGCUUCCGUCGAAUUGAUGAUGAAGAUAUUAUCACUCAGUUACUUUGAUUUGCCUCUUGAUCUAAAAACUUGUCUCUUACAUUUGAGUAUAUUUCCAGAAGACUCUAUUAUUGAGAAGAAGGUUCUGAUAAGAAGGUGGACCGCUGAAGGAUGCAUUCGUAAAGAAGGAAGAUACACAGUGUAUGAGUUAGGAGAAAGGUGUUUCAAUGAGCUCAUCAAUAGGAGUUUGAUCCAACCCGUGGACACAAAUAACUAUGGCAAGGUAAAGAGUUGUAAAGUUCAUGACAUAGUUCUUGAUUUCAUCAUUUCCAAGUCUACCGAAGAUAACUUUAUUACUUUGGUUGGUAUUCCUAAUCUACCUAUUGGGACACAAAGUAAAGUCCGUCGGCUCUCUCUACAAGGUGACGAUCAAGGAAAAUUGAUAAUGCCAACAGGUCUGGCGUUGUCUCAUGUCCGAUCUCUUAUUGUGUUUGGGGAUUCCGUGGAAAUCCCUUGUCUGGAUGAGUUCAGUCAUUUGCGUGUUCUGGACUUUGGUGGUCACCACCAAUUGGAAGACCAUCAUCUUCUACAUAUAGAGAGGUUGUUUCUGCUGAGGUACCUGAACCUCAGUGACACAUCAAUAUGUAAUCUUCCGGAACAAAUCGGGCUUCUUGGUUGCCUAGAGAUGCUGAACCUAGAAGACACCCAUGUAGGUGAAUUACCUGCAUCUAUUGUUGAUCUUGGGAAAUUGACGCAUCUACUUGUUGACAAAGCUGUUAAAUUUCCUGAUGGAAUUGCAAAGAUGCAAGCACUGGAGAUUUUGAAAUGUGUUGGCGUCUUCUGGCAGACAUCUAACUUCCUGCAAGAACUUGGGCUACUGAAGAAUCUGAUGAAGCUGGCACUUGACUUUGAAGAUCGUUAUGCUACCCGAGAACCUUCGCUAUCACUGAAGAUAGUUCAUGAGGAAGCUAUUGGCUCUUCUCUUCAUAACCUAGGCACUCAGAACCUUCGCUCUCUAACUAUUUCAAAUGGGAGAAGCUUCUUACAACAGAGAAAUUUGUGCCCUUUGCCUCCUACUCUCCACAAACUUGAGAUUUAUCUGGAAACUGUCCCACAAGUUACAGAAUGGAUGGGCUCCUUCGGCAACCUCCAACAGUUACUCCUUGAUGUGGAAGAAGUCGGACAAGAAGGUCUACGCAUCCUUGGAGGCUUACCCGCUCUGCUCAUUCUGCAACUAACAGGAGCUGAAAGGCCUUCUAAGCAUAGACUCACAAUCAGUGGUGAACUUGGAUUCAGAUGCUUGAGGCAGUUUCAUCAUGUACAUCAUUCGAUGUACCCGAAGUUUGCAGCCGGAGCCAUGCAGAAUCUAGAAACUAUCGGGAUUUAUGUUGACGCGGAUAACUCAGAAUGGAAAUGGAAUCGUCGUUAUGAUUUCAAAAUGGAAAACCUCCCAUGCCUCACUACUAUCAGAUGUGAAGUGGUCAUAAAAACCAACAUCAACGAGAGCGUUGUUACAGAUGUAAGGGAUGCUAUGAAGAAGGCAGCCAGCACACACCCCAACCGCCCCACUCUACUCUUUCAACGUAUAUAACUGAUGAUGCAUGGUGGCUAGUUACCACCUAUAUAUGAUCCACUGCCACAAGAGAACUAGCUAGAGUUGUUGCUCUCGUCUGGUUAAACAAGUCAAGAACCAGGAGGAGGGUCGCUGGUCUCAUCUGGUUAUCAAGUUCAAGAGUUUACUUUCUAAAUAAGUUGCUAUACUCACAUAUAUUUUGUUACCACUUUUCUCUUUUUGUGUGAGCCACAUAC